UUGACGAGCUGUCAUGGCGUUUACACAGAUAGGUUUUCGCGAACGAAAACAUAAAUAAUGAUUUUAAAACGUAAUUUUACAGCCAAAAACUCAUGUGGUUUCUACAAAGUGUCAUGAUUAACGUUAUUAAGUGAAGAUUUAGUUAUAAGUGCGUGAAAAUGGACAAGAAGAAUGCAAUUCGGAGAGCCAAAAGGCCGUCAAAAGUGCUUGAGGAGAAUUAUUGGGAUUGCAGCGUUUGUACAUACAGAAAUAAUGCAGAAGCAUUCAAAUGCUCCAUGUGUGAUGUCAGAAAAGGCACAUCGACGCGCAAGCCCCGCAUCAACCCGGCGCUGGCGGCGGCGCAAGCAGCCGGCACCGCCCCCACCGGCUCCCAGAAGCGCCCCCGCUCGGCCAACUCGCUCAAGAAGAAGCGCCGGCCCCCGCGGCUCAGUAAUGUGGAUAGGAGCUCCGCGCAGACUAGAGAGGUCACGGUGAACAGUGUAACGGUGGUCAUAACAGAAUACAAACCGAAGAAAUCUGUUUCAAGCAGUUCCAGUGACGUCGAGUCCUCGAAUGAUGCACGCCCGUAGACUGUGGAUUCUCAGCGGUAUACUGAUUUUAUAUAAAAUGUUCAGCGCGAAAAUAAGUUCGAUACUUCCAUGCUUUUUUAAAAGAACGUUAUUUAAAAAAAAAUAAAACACUAAAUUUUAUGUAGGGAUUUUGUAAAUGAUUUGUAACUAGUUUAGAAACGCACGCGAUUUGAUAUUUUUUGUAUUUCCUAAACACAAAAGGCAAUAAUAUUGCGAAUGUUGC